AUGGAUUAAUAGCACUAACCCAGGAAUAACAAAAAACGAUUAACAAUUUCGAAAGAAUUGGCUUAAAGAAAGUAGAGCAUUAUUUAGUAAUUUUAAUGUAUUCUAUGUUUAUAAUUUUGAUUAGCCGGCACUCAAAUAGUAAAAUAGGAAUCUCCAUAAAAAAUGGUGAAAUAAGAAAAGGAGAACAGAAAAGAAUCAAUAGAUUCAUCCUUAAAUUCUUGCUCCUCUUUGGUGAAAUAAAAAAAGUUUAUUAUUUGCUUUUAAAAGUAGAAAAAAAUAAGAUAAAGAAUUAGAUGGUUGUGAAGAGUAUAAUUUAAAUUCAUCAGAUUAUUCCGAAGAAACUAUAUUAACCAUUCAAUAUAUUUCAUAUGAGUCAAGAAAAACGUCAAAAAAGUUUAUCGAGAAUCUCAAUGUAAAAACCCUGAAUGCCAAUCCCCAGUAUGAUUAAGAGAUAUAAGAAUUAAAGAAUAGAGAAAAACUGAUGGAAAUUACUAAACUAUUAGCUUUGGAACAAGAAGAACCACAGGAAAAUGAAAUAGCUUACUAAAAGAUUAUCAAAAGAUAUGAAAAACAAAACGUGCGAAAUCCCUUUUAAGAUCCUUACUAUAUUAUAUUAGUACCACUUAAGGGUUUAAGCAGAUUAAAAUAUGAAUUAAAGGUAUAUGUAAUUAUAAUAUUGAGAAAUACUAAGAUAAUGCAAAAUUUUUGCAGAUUCGCAAAUUUCUUGUGUUUAUUUCCUUAGUGUUUCCGAUCUUAGCCAAAGGAAUGAUGAAUUCCAGAAUCUACAAAAUACUGAUGACAAUCCUAAUAUUAUUUAAUGUUUGCUUAUUUAUAGUUGUUAAGACCGAGCAUAGAGAGGACACAUUUGAAAUUGAGUAGGUUGUGACUAUACUAUUCAUAAUUGAAAUAUUGGUAAGAAUCUUAGUUUCUGGAUUUUUUUUUACAAAAAAUGCAUUCUUUCGAAACAUUUAGGAUGUUUAUGAUUUCACAUUGAUAUUUGCAACGACGAUCAAUCUUUAUUACCCAGAGAUUUUUAUAAUAGAUAUUUCACCAUUAAGAAUGAUUACACUGCUUUUUUAUCUUGGAGACAUAUUUGUAGGAUUAGGUGUUAUGCUAUUGGCCUUAAAAUAAUCAAUUAAAUUUUUAUUGGAAGCUUUGAUGAUAGUUGGACUAUUUUCUUUAUUCUUUGCAAUAUUUGGAGUCUUCCUAUUUUAAGGACUAUUCAAUUUCAGAUGUGAAUAUGAUAAUGGUGAUGAGACAGAUGGGUGGGUUUAGUGUCAUUAAAAUUAAUGUUACGAAAAUGGCAUGACAUGUAAGUAUACUGAAGAGACCCCUAAAAUGCCCACGUCAUUUAAUAAUGUGAUAUAUUCAUACGGUCAGAUUUUAAGAACUAUAACAAUGGAUGAUUGGAGUUGGGUGAUGUUCUUUACUAUGAGAAUAUUUCAUCCUUGGGUUUGGAUUUACUAUUUGUUGAUCAUAUUUGUGGGUGGUUUUUUUGGUUUUAAUUUGGUUAUAGCUGUGUUGAAAACCCAUUAUUCAGAAGCUGCUGAAGAAAGUGAAAAACAGUAGGAAAAAGCUAGGAUAGAAAAAAGAAUUAAAGAUAAUCAAGAAUAUCCAGAGAGAGAGUUAAUGAAUGUGUUUGAUGUAGCAUUUUUGAGAUAUAUUGGGUUUUUUGCAACUAUUUAAAAAUAUCGUGAGUCGUUUUAGAGAAGAUCUGUUUUAAGUUGGAAUUUGGAAUCAGAAGCUUAGAUGAAUAAAACAAUAAUUGAAGCUAGAACAUUAUCAGCAGCAUAGAGAAAAUUAAAUAAUUAAUAUGUAAGAAAUAAAUGAUAUUUUAUAGAAUGUAGAGAAUAUAAGUUUUUAACAUAAAUUAAGGUAAUUUACAACCAAGAAUCUUUUAUUAACUAAAUUUCGUUUUUUGAAAUAUCAAUAGCAAAAGUUAAAUAUUAAAAAGUAUUCAGAUGAUCCAUUAGAACUAGAAAUUCUAUAAAAGCUGUAAAAUAUAUCAUAUUCAUGUCUAUAAUCUUAAGUGAAUUAUUAAAUAGAUUAAUGUUAUACAAGUUAGCAUGACAUUUUGUUAAAGUUUAUGUAUUUAAAUUUAAUAAUUUAGUGAAAUUGAUUUAGCUCUGUAGGAAGAAAAGAAAUUCAAUCCAGAAAAAAUGAGAAAGAUUAAAUUUAAGCAUUAAUAUCCUGAUUGGCAGAGUUAAGUAGAGAAGUUAAAGAAAUAGGCUUAAAGAUCUAAUGAAAUUAAAAAGAAUAAGCUCCCUUAUAGAUAAAAGAAAAUUAAUAAAUGGAAUACUACCAUCAAAGUAGAGGAUGAAAAAGAAUAAGAAACAAGCAAAAACUCUUGUGAUGAUUUUGAAAGAUCUCCUGAAUAAAAAUUGAAUUUUUGUUUUGAAAAGAAUACAUCUAUUAAAAGAAAAUCAAAGAAAUUUUUAAAAUUUGUAAAUGGUGAACAAGUUGUUUAUGUGUAGGGUUAUUAUCUUUCUUAUAAAGAAAUUCGUGAUAAAAUUAAUUUGAAAAUCCCAAUUAUCAAAGAUAAUUAAACCAGUAAUCAAUUUAAAUAUAGAAAAAUAAGAGAGAAAGAAAUUUAAAAUGGAAAGUUGAUCACUUCUAGUAAUUGGUCAGGUAAAGACGUAUUGACUCUAGAUACUAAAAACUAUCAGAUGUUUAGUAAUAUUUUCCUUCAACUCAACAAAAAGGACAUUUUAAUUUGGAUGAAAGGUAUCAAAGGAAUGGUCUUAAAUUUUAACAAACACACCAAUCUUAUUAUUACAAGUUCAACUAGUCAAACAUUCUUUGACCUGGUUAUUUUCAUAAAUUUUACAUUUCUGGCAUUAUGGAAUAUUGUGGAUUCUACUACAAUUCAUUCAGUUGAAAAUGUUUCAACUAUUAUUCUAUCCUUUGAGUUGAUCCUAAGAUUAAUAUCUAUUCCAAUAAAAGAUUUUACCAGCAAUCCUAAUUACUUGCUUUAAGCAGCAAUUGUUAUUUUGAAUAUAAUAGAAUUAACUAUUAAAAAUCUGUUAAUUGGUUUAGGAGAACAAAACUUGAGAUUGAUUAGAGGUACAAAAUGUUUGUUAUUUUAUCGAUGUCUUAAAUACAACGCAAUGGCUGUUAAAAUAGGACAUAUAGCAUCAAUGACUUUCAAACAAUACAUUUAUUUGACAUUUUUGAUGUUUUUAGUUAUUUUUAUGUAUGCUUUGGUUGGAAUGGAGAUGUAUGCAGGUAGGUUUGAUUAGACAGAUUCUUUAGGACAAUUACAUUCAUAUGAUAACAUAUUUAAAGCAUUCAUGACAAUAUUUAACAUAAUGACCAAUGAUGAUUGGUAUGGGGUGUAUGUGAUGGGAAGUGAUUUAAAUUACACUUUUGCAGUCAUAUAUUCAUAUUCGAUGGUUAUCAUAUUGAAUUAUUUAACCUAUGGUUUAUUCAUGGCUAUCCUACUUGAUGGUUUUGGAAAGUAUCUAGACUAAUCAAUUGAAAAUACACACGUACAUGAAGAACAUGCUCAAUUGACUUAGAAUUCUAUUGAAGAAUUAGAACAAUAAGUAUAUUAGACAAUUUUGACUCCACAAGCAUCUUAAACUAAUAUUAUGCUUGAACAAACUUAAACAUAAGGAAAAUCCAAGAUUGGCCUCAUAACCAACUUUUUUAAAUCAAUAAGUAAUAAUUAUAUAUAUCAUCUAAUUAGGAUCUUUUAAUAAGGAAUUGCUCAAUAAAUCACCAAAGCUAUAUACAGGAAUUGAAUGUUAAACCUCUCUUUAUAUUUUUGAAAAGAAUAAUUAUUUAAGAACGAUGUGCGCUAGAUUAGCAACAUCGAAAACUUAUAUUAACUUUAUGGAUCUAGUUUUGUACACUUCAUUGGUUACUUUUAUAAUGAAUACAUACUAUGAUUAUGAAGAUACUAGCAAUAUAGUUUGUGAUUAGAUUCAGUUAAUAAUCAAUAUACAAAUGUUUUUAGAUAUAAUAAUCAAUGUGAUAGCAAAAGGGUUAUUUUUAGAUAAGGGAUCAUAUUUUGUAUCAGUGUGGUAAAUUUUAGAUGUAAUAUACAUCAUUUCACAUUUUGUUACCUUCAGUAAUUCUUCAGAUCAUUAUGCCCCAAUCUUUGAUGUUUGCUUGUAUUUAGGGUAUUUAAGACCGAUGAAAUUGCUAUUUAGAAUAAGUUGGCUUACUUAAUUAAGAAUUGCAUUAGGCUAUUCAUUGGUAGAUAUCACAAAUGUGUUAAUUACAAUGUUAGCAGUGUGGAUUAUGUUUGGAGUAUAUGCAAUUAUAUUGUAUGAAGGACAAUUUGGUUUUUGUGAUGACAAAAUGAAUUUUCAAAUUAAUUAUGAAUAAUGUAUAAGAGAAAAUAGACAUUGGAUCAACUACAAACAUAAUUUUGAUAAUAUAACAGUUGCAAUACCUUCAUUAUUUGUAACAUCAACAUUAGACGGAUGGGGAGAAAUAUAUUAAAUCGCUGAAAACAGUCAAUUAGCAAGCAUAGGACCAUAAGCAUUCAAUAGUUACGUAUACACUUACUUCUUUUUUAUCAUAUUCGUUUUCAUAGGUUCAAUGUUCUUUUUGAGUUUAUUCACAGGAGUAUUGUAUUCCAAUUUGAAAGAAAAUUAAUAAAAAAUAGAAAUGACAGAUGAGACUCAGUCUUAGAAGGAAUUCUAAGAAAUUGCAUCAAUUAUAAUUAAAGAUUUUCCAAUAUUCAGUUCGCCUCCAACUAAUGGUAUUAGAAAAUUGGCAUCAGAUAUUACUAACAAUACAUAUUUGUUAAUUUGUAUGUAUUUGUGUUUGAUAUUGGACUUGAUAAUUUUGUUAUUGUUUGAAUCAGAUAUGAGUGAAGAUUACUUUAGAUCAGUAAAUAAUAUCCAUAAUGCUUUGACUAUUUUAUAUGGGAUUUGGGUGAUUUUUUUAUUUUUGGCUCUGGGUAUUGGUAGAUUUUUCGAUAAUUAUUGGAGAAGAUUUUAUUUCUUUUUAAUAAUAAUAUCAAUAAUAGAUUUUAUAGCAGAUUAUUCGAUCGAUUGGAUUAUGAUCUAUUAUAAAUCAACACCAUAUGAUAAUGGUUAUCAAUUAUUGAGAUUAUUUUUCUCUUUGAGAAGUCUAAGAGUAAUUUUGAUAUUCUAAGGACUUAUCAAUUUGUAAAGAUUAAUGAGAGUGAUGGUAUUUGCUUUGCCUUUUUUAGGCAAGAUAUUUACAAUCUUAAUGAUAGCAAUGCUCAUUUUUGCAUUGAUAGGAUGCUAAUUAUAUGGUGAAAUUGAUAGUGGAGCUGUGAUGGAUGAUCAAAUCAAUUUUCAAAAUGUAGCUUAAGCUCUUCUUGCUUUGUUUAAAUGCGCUUCUGGAGAUGAUUGGAGGACAAUAAUGACAGAUACUAUGUAACAUAAUCCUUUGUGCUUAGAAGACCCCAAAUAUUGUGGUAGUGUUAAUAAUUAAUAUUUUUUCUUUUUGUUCAUGCUCUUGUCAAAUUAUGUUUUGCUCAAUCUCUUUGUACUUGGUCUUAUCGAACAAUUUGAAUAAUUCUUUUAAUUGCAAAAUUCACUUAUUUAAACUUAUGUUGAAAAUGUGGAUAAGAUUAAAACUGUAUGGUGUAAAUACUCUUCAGAAACUCAAGGACAAGCCAUGAAUUAUAAGUUCUUAUGCAAGUUCCUUCUAGAUAUUGGCAAACCUCUAGGAGGAAGUAAGGAAGAGAACCUAUGGGAUGUGGCUAAGCUGGCUUCUUCAUUCAAAUUAAAAUGGUAUUUAUCUUUUCUAUCCUAGUGAUCAUUAUGGCUAUAUCUAAUAUAACUAAUUGAUGUAUGAACUAUUUCGAAGAUGCUUUAUCAAUGAAGUAUUUAAAGAAGGCACUGAAUCUUCGAUUGUCAAGAUCAAGUAAUUCAACAAAGAAAUGUAGUUGAGAUUGAUGUACUAUAGAAAAAAUAGAUUAUUAGAGAGAACUAACAUUAGUUCUAUUAAAUAAUUAAGGGCUAAUUUCAAUAUUUUACAUGAUUAUUUGACUGUUUUAAUCCUAUUCAAAACUUGGGAAUCUUACUCUAAAUUAGUAUUCAUCAAAAUAGAAAAAGAAGGCAAAUUUUCAGACAGUGAUGAAAUAAGCAUUUAAAAUGAUAAAGUCAGUAGACAAAAGUAUUCUUUAUUUUAAUUCCAUUAGUUUCAAUUGUUACGAUUAUGAGGAUGAAAUGUCAGAUUCUGAUAAUUUGACUUCGAAAUAACAGAGCAAAUAGUUAUCCUAAAUGUUCACUAACACUUUGAAUCAAAUGCAGUAUAGCAGUAGUAUAAGGAGCAGUCCUAAAAGUUAAAUAAAGAACAAUUUCAAAAAAAAUGUUAAAAUCAAACAUAAGAAUAAGUAUAAUUCAAAAAUAAGUAUAAAUGAACGAAUCAUAGAUCCAACCGAAUAUUUUGGAAAAAUAAAACAUUAAACUACUCAACAAAGUUAAGAAAUUGAACAAGAAUAAUUGCCAAUAUACAGAAAUUAAUAUGAUCUAUCUUUAUAAAAUGAAUAUCAAUAAGGUACAUUAUUAAGUGCAAGAAAAAAAUAAUGA